AUGGUGAAAUCUUGCUCUGUCCAGCUCCAUCCCACGAGGGGCGUGAAUCAUCCCUUUGUCCAGUGUCUCCACCUCACUACAUCUAAUCAUGUAGGCAUGGUGUCAUCUCACAUCGUCAUAAGAAGAAGGAUGGCCAUAGUUAUAAGCUGGCAUAACAAAGUAACACAAAAACCGUGGCUUAAACAACAGAAAUUGUCUCAGUUCUGGAAUCUAGAAGUCCAAAACCAAGGUGUGGGCAAAGUUGCUUAUAUGAUUACAAUAAAAGAAAAACCAUAUUUCAUUCACCUCAAAAAGCAAUCAUUUUUAUCCCCAGUUUCUGUUGUUUAUUCUUAUGACAAAUAUGACACCCAGAAAACUAACAAUCCGUUUGAUCAGAUGGAUUGCAAUUAUUAUGGAUAUAUUGCAGGCAUUCCAAAUUCUCUUGUGUCACUCAGCACUUGUUCAGGACUCAGGGGAAUAUUGCAGUUGAAAAACAUCUCCUAUGGAAUCGAACCAAUGGAGGUGGCAUCAGGAUUCAUGCACAUGAUUUAUGAAGACAAAGAUUAUUACACUAACAUUUCUCUCUUAGGAAUCAGUGACAUUUAUAAUUCCAACUAUCAAUAUAGAAAAAGUUCAGAAUUUGAUUACAUGGGUUCUGAUAUAAAGGCUGUAACACAGAAGGUUAUUCAGAUAUUUGGACUUGUUAACACUCAAGUAGAGGGUUCAUCUUUGGAGUCAUACGCUGUCAGCAUCGUGCAGUUGCUUAGCCUUCAUAUGGGAUUGAGUUUUGACAAUACUGAUACCUGCUAUUGUUCAGGAGAUGUUUGCACAAUGUCACCAGAAGCAAUGCACUCUCGGGGUGUAAAGGAUUUUAGUACCUGUAGCUUGGAUGAGUUUAAAUAUUUUGCUUCAAAUUCUAGUCUUGAAUGUCUUCAUAACAGCCUUCCUAUUAAGCCAGUUUACAAAAGAAAAAAGUAUAUUUGUGGCAAUGGAAUAUUGGAAAAAGGUGAACAAUGUGAUUGUGGCCUUGCAAAGGAAUGUACACAUAAAAAAUGCUGUGAUCCUACAUCAUGUCGAUUCAAAGGUAGGGUAGUCUGUGGUUCCGGGGAAUGCUGCACACAAAACUGCAAGCUAAAACCAGGUGGUGAAAUUUGUAGGAAACAAUAUGAUGAAGAUUGUGAUUUUCUUGAGUAUUGCAAUGGGAUUGACCCACAUUGUGUGCCUGACACUUUUAAACGUGAUGGGGAAUAUUGUAAUAGAAAUGAAUCCUUCUGUUAUAAAGGGCAUUGUCGGAUGUUUGAUAAACAGUGUAGAGAUUUAAUUGGAGGAGCUGCUAGAGGUGCUCAAUUUGCUUGUUAUGAUGAGAUAAAUUCAAGAGGAGAUAGAUAUGGAAACUGUGGAAAAGGUCUUUGUUCUUUUCCUCAUCUCAUGUGUGGAAAAUUAGUUUGUGCCUGGCCACAUAAAGCAAUAGUAUCAAAAGCAAAUUUAUCUGUGAUUUACACACAAAUACGAAAUGAAAUAUGUGUGUCUACAUUUCUAAGCUCGGACAGGAUACCUGCCAAUGACAGAACAACAGUAAAUACUCCUGAAGAUAGAGAUAAAACAUUUAUAGAAGAUGGCACUUCGUGUGGUCCUGAUAUGAUUUGCAACAAUUUCCAGCAUUGCCAUUGUGACAAAGGGUUUGCUCCUCCUUAUUGCAAACCACAAAAAAAUGCAUUUGGAAGUCGAGAUGAUGGGCACCUAUAUGUUGAUGUUUCCAUUGCACAGAGCUGCAUUGGUAAAGAUAUUGCUGUGACAAAUAUCUGCUAUUCUGCUGCCAAUGGCUUCACCUAA